AAAAGUUUAAAACAUAUUUCUGUUUGUUUUAAAUGUGGGACAUUUAUUGCUGUCUACAUUAUUCUAAAAUGUGUUCCUAACCUAAUAUGGAAAUAUCAGCUCUCUAUCCCACAUAGUUUUUAUAAAAGAUGUAUACGAUAAAAUGUAACUUACGGGAAUUUUUCUUUAAAGUUUGAUAGGGACUACCGAAAACCCUGAUUAGUCAUCAAGACAUGCAUACUAAAAUGUAAACACAGAACAAACCAAAAACAUUGCAACAUGCCACUGACGCCAGACUCUAACAGAGCUACCAACAGUUAAAACAAAAUUCACUCCAUUGAAAUAUCUUCGAUAGCACAAGAAAUAAAAUGGAUAAAAAUUUGACGUUUAAAAGGAGCGUGGACGCUUGACACGAAAUUUUUAAAAUUGCUUUUUAUAAAACUUCUCGAAAUGUUACACAUAAAAUAUACACAAGUUUGUUCAGUAAAGACUGCAUAUUUUUUAAUACAAAAUUGAAAUUCUAUAUUGUUUAACAAUAUUCACGUUCACGUGCCCUUCAGACUCAGGUACGACGUCAAAUACAUUGGUUUCAAUCCUGUACUUGAUGCAGUGUGGAAGGCGUAUGUGGACAUGGUGUCGCUUCUUUGGCAACGAGACACCGAUGCAUUGUCUACUACCGAGAGUGUUCCGUAUUGCAUUGGGCUGCGUUGAGGGGCCGCAACAGUGCGUUCAUGGAUCUGCUGGUGGGUGAGGGGAGGGGCGACUCCUCUGCACUACGCAACGAUAGGAGGAACAUCAAGCCUUGA